AUAAUUAUUUAUUUUGAAGUUAAUAUAAGAGAAAUUAUUUCAAGUGACAGAAGUAGAUCAUUACUGUUUAUCAUAGGAGCUUAUACAUGAUACUUCUAAGCAACAAUAUCAAAAGCUUUUCUAAGAUCAAUAAUGGAAUUUUUAGUAUGUGAAAGAAUAUUUAUCAAAAGUCAAUCUCUGAAAAAAUUAGAUAUCAGUGAUAAGUUGACUAGAUCACUUCUUUCUACACAAACACAACACGAAUGGAAUUAUUGAUAUUUGCUAAUAUCAUUUUUGUUUUCAAUUUUAUCACGAUUUUGACGAAGUUUCCUACACUCAGAUUGGCAAACUAUUUAAAUAUUUCUGAUUUUAUUACUAUAAUCAAUUCAUAUUUAACGUCGAUAUAUUUUUAAAGAAAAAGAAACAAAUAAAUAGAUAAAUAUUAUCCAAUACGUUAGUCUCAAUCUAAAAUCAUUUUUCUAAAACAGAAUCCACUAUAAUAUCAACACCAACAUCACCGACUUCAAUGUUAUCAAAUUCAAUAUCAUCAUCAAUAACAACAACAUCAUCAUCAACCUCAGCGUUAUCAAAUACAAUAUCAUCAAUAACAUUCACAACAAUUACAUCAUCAGCAACAACAACAACAACAGUAAUACCGAAAUGGACAAUAACGGGAAGUAUGAACGUUGCACGACGAACACACACAGCAUCCGAAUUAGCAAAUGAAUUAGUAUUAGUUACUGGUGGACACAACAGCGGUGGUAAUCUCAGUAGCACUGAAUUGUACAAUCUAUCAACAGGCACUUGGGCAAUUACAGGAAACAUGAAUGUCGUACGACAACGUCACACAGCAUCCACAUUAGCAAAUGGAUUAGUAUUAGUUGCUGGUGGAUCCAGCAGUCUUUUUAACAUUCUCAAUAGUGCUGAAUUGUACAAUCCAUCAACAGGCACUUGGACAAACACAGGAAGCAUGAAUAUCGCACGACGAACACACACAGCAUCCAUAUUAGAAAAUGGAUUAGUAUUAGUUACUGGUGGAUCCAGCACUCUUAUUAAUGUUCUCAAUAGUGCUGAAUUGUACAAUCCAUUAACAGGCAAUUGGACAAAUACAGGAAGCAUGAAUAACGGACGAUCUUAUCACACAGCAGUCACAUUAGCAAAUGGAUUAGUAUUAGUUGCUGGUGGAUUCACAGGUGCCAGUUAUCUCAAUAGUACUGAAUUGUAUAAUCCAACGUUAGGCACUUGGACAAAUACAGGAAGCAUGAAUAACGGACGAUCUUUUCACACAGCAUCCAUAUUAGCAAAUGGAUUAGUAUUAGUUACUGGUGGACAGACCACCGGUAAUGUUAUCCUCAAUAGUGCUGAAUUGUACAAUCCAAUGACAGGCAUUUGGACAAAUACAGGAAGCAUGAAUGUCGCGCGAUAUGAUCACACAGCUGCCACAUUAGCAAAUGGAUAUGUAUUAGUUAUUGGUGGACAGACCACCGGUAGUGUUGUCCUCAAUAGUGCUGAAUUAUACAAUCCAUCAACAGGUAUUUGGACAACUACAACAAACAUGAGUAUCGCACGAGAAUAUCCUACGGCAUCUACAUUACCAAAUGGCAAAGUUUUAGUUACCGGUGGAGAGAGUAGUGAUGGUGUUUAUCUCAAUAGUGCUGAGCUUUAUUAA